UCCACUACCCCCCACAACAACCAUUACACCGACAACAACCCCUACCACUACCCCCACAACAACCCCUUCCACUACACCCACAACAACCCCUUCCACUACCCCCACAACAACCCCUUCCACUACCCCCACAACAACCCCUACCACUACCCCAACGACAACCCCUAUCAUUACCCCAACGACAACCCCUACCACUACCAAUACCCCUACCACCUCCACAACCCCUACCACAUUAUGUUUUUGCACAUACAAAAAUCUACAUUUCCCUGCCGGUUCCUUGAUAUAUAAUGAGACUGACGGGGCAGGCUGGUGUUUCACCUCCUACUGUAACUCAAGUUGUAUUGUUGAGAAACAAGCCAGACCAUGUCCCUCUACGACCCCAGCUACAGUCAGCACUGUCUCAACUACAGUCAGCACUGUCUCAGCAACAACAGAAGCUACACAUUCUACACCAUCUACAUUGUCCCCGACUACACCUUACAUGGGCUGUGAAUAUGCCAUUCCACCAAGAAAGGAUGGAGAGACUUGGAAGACAGGCAACUGCACUACUCAAACUUGCCACAGCGGUGAAAUUACCACAAAGUAUGUGGUCUGUGAGUCUGCAGAAAAGCCUGUGUGUGAAAAUGGAUAUCCACCAGCUAAAGUCUAUGACGAAUCAGGUUGCUGCUAUCACUACGAAUGUGAAUGUAUAUGCUAUGGAUGGGGAGACCCUCACUACGUCACAUUUGAUGGCCAGUAUUACAGUUUCCAGGAAAACUGCACCUACGUUUUGAUGAAAGAAAUAGUUCCUCGACAGAACUUCAGUGUCAACAUCGACAACUAUAACUGCGAUCCGUCUGGACAUGCGACCUGCCCUCAGUCUCUGAUUGUCUAUUACAAGUCCUAUAAAAUCGUUCUUACUCCGAAGAGAUUAAACGUGACAACAAAUAUGGUUUACAUCAAUGGAAAUCAGAUCUUCCCGACCUAUUCUAAUGAAGACCUCAUGAUCACCAGCACUGGCGUAGAGUUACUGUUGAAGAUCCCUGCCAUUAAAGCAACAGUGAUAUUUAAGUCCCUUAUGUUCAGUGUAACCCUGCCAAACUCCCUAUUCCACAACAACACAGAGGGGCAGUGUGGUACCUGUGACAAUAACAGGAAAAACGAUUGCAGACUACCGAAUGGACAGAUUGAUCCAUCAUGUCCUGGGAUGGCUCAUAAAUGGAAGAUUGAUGAUGAUAAAAAACCCUACUGUGAUCUGAAAUCCCCUACCCCACCUACCCCUACGCCUAUGCCUCCACCCUGCCCGUCAAGAAAGACAUCAAUCUGUGACAUCAUUCUUAGCCCGGUCUUUAAGCAAUGCCAUGAUGUUAUCCCACCACAACCCUUCUUCGAGGCCUGUAAGUUUGAUGUUUGCCUCAUGCCAAAUAUCUCAAUCGGCUGCUCCAGCCUGGAAGCCUACGCCGUGAGGUGUGCAGCAGCUGAAGUCUGUAUCGACUGGAGGAACUCAACUAAUGGAAAAUGUGAACUGACAUGCCCUAAGACCAAAGUGUAUAAGGCAUGUGGCUCUACUAUCCAGCCAACAUGCAAUUCAAGAUACAAUGAAAAAUAUGUGCAUUCAUGUCAGGGAGCACAAAUGACCCGUGACUUUGUAUGUGACUCAUUCAUGGAGGGCUGUUUCUGCCCUGAGGGUACCGUCUUGUUCAACACAUUCUCUGACACCUGUGUUCGUGACUGUGGAUGUACUGGACCUGAUGGAAAACCCAAACAGUUUGGUGAGACUUGGAACAGUAACUGCCAGAAGUGCACGUGUAAUGCUGACACACUGAGUGUCCAGUGUGAACCAGUGAAAUGUCCGCCCCAAGAAAUUGUUACCUGUAAGAAGUACGGUGAGGUGUUGGUCAACGAGACGGUGGACUGCUGUCAGAUAAAUAAAUGCGUACCCAAACCUGUUUGUGUCUACAAUAAUACUGAAUACAUGCUUGGUGAAAAUGUUCCCAGCGGCACCUGUGAGGAGUGCAAGUGUGGCCCUAAUAAGGAUCCAGUUUCCAAGCUGUAUGUUGUAGACUGUGUCCAAAUCAACUGUUCCACCACCUGCCAAACGGGUUAUGAGUAUGAAGUCGUACCUGAGAAAUGUUGUGGAACGUGUGUCCAGAAGGACUGUGUUGUAGUUCUCCCAGAUGCCACAUCUCACAUCAUUCAGCUUGGGAAGUUUUGGUCGCCCCCUAGUGACCGCUGUGUGAAGUAUGACUGCUCAAAAACAAACAAACAGCUCAUCGUUGUGAAAUCCAAAUUGGAAUGCCCAGUGUUCCGUCCAGAGGACUGCGUCCCUGGAACUGAGAAAACUGAUGCAAAUGGAUGUUGCACAACCUGCACUUUACGCAGUCACUGUGAUGUGAAGAACACCACUACCUACCUCGAGGUGAAUAACUGCACGUCUACUGUGCCGGUGGAAAUCUCAGCCUGCGGGGGAUCCUGUGGAACGUCUUCUAUGUACUCUGCAGAGAAAAACACCUUGAUGCACUCCUGCUCCUGCUGUCAGGAGAUGUCUACCAGUGAGAGGAAGGUGGAGAUGCUCUGCCCUGACGGGAAGAAGAUCAUGCAGAACUACAUUUACAUUGAUAAGUGCGGCUGCCAUGACUCUGAGUGUGACAAGAAGAACCACGUAGAUUAGGCCUUGAAGAAUUAAGUCUUUUGAAAUGUUCUUAUUUACAUUAACUGCAUGGAAUAUUAAAUACUUUUAUCUAAAGGGGAAACCAAUAGGGGCUGUCUAAUUAUCAUAUAGGCUACUUUCAUGAACUGUAUGUCCUUUCUCUCUACACUAUCAUAGACAUUAUGCAAACGUAUUAAACUGAUGAAGAAGCAUGAA